UCAAAUCAGUCAAAAGUAUAAAAUCGUUACCCCUCGGAAACAAACCCACCAGAAGUAAUUUGAAACAGCAAGAAUCAAGUGUAGUUUGUUGAUUCUAAUAGUUAAUUAAACAUAAUGAAGAGUUUCGCGGUAGCUGUUUUUCUCCUGCUAGGACUUAGUGCUGUCCUUGCAGGACGUCCAAAGUCGGAACAAGUUCUCGAAGAAGUUGAAAAACUGCGACCACGCUACCAGGAAAUCCAAGACUUCGUCAUUCGUACCAUUAGUGAUGCCCGACUGAGCAGCUCUGCAACUCUUGCUAAAUUCCAUUCCGAUAUUGUGCAAGUAAAAACUACAUUUGUGGUCGAUGCCAUCAAGAAGGAGAAUGCCCUGCUGUACCAAACCAACAAUCAACCAGCAUCGAUAGACCAAAACUGUCUCAUUUUUGUCAGAGGUCUGGGCGAUAUGGUCAUGAACCUGGCAGGUACCGGAUUUUCUACUUGUAUUGCUGAUGCCAGUGACGGUUUGGAGAAGAAGAUUAACGAAUUCUACGCCCAGCUGCAACAGGAUGAGAAGGACUACAUUGGACUCGGGUUGUUGAACGUUUUCAAGGGUGAGAACAUUUUCUACACACCCGACGUACUCCUAGCCAAACUGAAAGCGAGAUACGAAGCCAUGGAGGAUUAUCCAACCUAUCUGAGCGAGGACUUGGCUCGUAUCAUUAAUGCUUUGGGCACUGAUUUGGAAUCCUUGGAAGUGAAAUAUGUUGUCUGCAUGACCGAAACCGAACAGCGACUACGCGAUGGUUUUAUUUUGGCGCAUAGUCACUUGGAAGCAACGUGCAAAGCUUCACAGGUUCCCGCAGCAUCGAAUCCAGCACCAGAGGAACUUAGUGUUGCUGAGUCAAUGCCAUCGUUGCCGUCGUCGUGGCCAAACACUGAAGCUGUACGGCUCCUCCGCGAACGUUUGGGAUUGUAAUUUAACCUCUAUGUGAUCUGGUGUCAAUUUCAAAUGGAUAACAUCUUUAUAACGUCUUAGCAAAUAAAUGUGAUGAAAUUGUGAAGUAUAAUAAAA